GUUACAUUUUAGCGGAGUUGCAUUUACGUAUAUUUGGUUGUAGACUAGGCUAUUGUACGAUUCCAAAUGUUUCGUGUUAGCAUUGUAGGAUAUUGUUGGUUCAACGUUAUCAAUAACAAAUCAAUGUAAGACUCUCCGUUUUUAACGGAACCGUACAGACAAACUGUCGAGUCGUAAUUGUAAACAUAGCAUAGCAUAAAAACAGCUGCUCGCCACAUCUUCCGAGUGGACACGAAUGCACCGUGAUCGUCUGACGUGAAGCUGCUUGGACUAGCCGUCCACAGCUAACUUGAGCUUCUGGCGAUGCCUGGGAAGUGCAAGUUUCAAGAGUCCUGGCUCUCCAAGGACAUCUACAAAGAGUGGCUCCUUAAGGACACCCAGGACAUUCACUUCGCCCGAUGCAAGGCCUGUUGUAAAUCCAUUAAACUUCAGACCAUGGGCGAGGCUGCCCUCACCAGCCACGCAGGAGGAGCUGGCCACAAAGCCGCGGUGCGCAAGCUCGUAGAAGCAGGAAACUUGAGGAUGAUACAUGUUGCUGGGCAGAUGAAUGGCAGCUUGAGUUGGACUGAAGACAGCAAGGAGCACGUAGCCAUCUCCCUGCAGCAUCACGACUUGGACAGGGUAGCAGGGAAUGACUGGGCCGAAAUGCACCACAGCCCCAAAUCAAACUCCAGAACUUCCCUGAAUGCCGAGCUGCAGGAUGCGUCCUUUGCUUCCACCUAUUUCACCGCAGCAGGCACCUCCAGCUUCCACAGCCAGCGUCUGGUCCCAUUAGCAGGCAGCAGGUCACAAGAUGCAGCGCGUGAUCCACUGGAGAACCAGCAGAGGGCAGAAGUCCUGGAGCAGCAGCAGCAGCAGAUGAGGCUGCUGGAGUGGGAGAGCAGGAUGAAGGUGCUGGCAUGGGAGCAGGAGCUGAUCAGGGAGAAGACACGAGUGGCUCGCCAGAAGGAAAAAGCUUUCAGGAUGAAGAAGAACUACUACAAGGCCAAGCUAAAGAGGAUGGGAGAAGAUGUGCCGCCGUCUUCUCCAGGAAGCAGUGAUGAUGACGAUGAGGAGAGACCCUAAUUUGGAUCCAUAGCCAUUUUUGCUGUAGUCAGACAUGCCACUGAACUAUUUUUAUACAUGGUUUUGGACUUAAAUGCUUGUUUACUCAGCAAAAUGGCUUUCCCAUUAAUAUAAGCUAGUUGAAUGAAUGUUUUGGCCAUUAUCUCUCUUGAAGGAAAACUGCACUUUUUUUGGAAUUCUGCCCAUCAUCCACAAUCCUUCUGUGAGACAUGAACACAUCUUUUUCUUUUCUGUGUGUUCUAAAGAGAUAUAUAUCCUGUAUAUACAGACCCUUUCCAAAAAAUUAGAAUGUCAUGGAAAAGUUGUUUAAUUUCCAUAAUUCCAUUCAAAAAGUUAAACUUUCAUAGAUUAUAGAUUCAGGGCCCACAAUUUCAACGAUUUCAAGUGUUUAUUUUUACAUAAUUUGGCCUUCCAGCUCAUUAAACCCACAAAAACAGGAAUUCAAAAAAUUAGAAUACUGUGAAAAAAAUCACCAUUUACUUCUCAGUUUUUGCAGGAAAAAAAAAAAAGAAAUUAGGAUCACAUCAAAUCAAUCAAAAUAUGGUACUUUCAAAACGAUAUGUCAAUCUUCAAUACUUGGUUGGGAAUCCCUUUGCCUUAAUCACUGCCUCGAUGCCACGUGGCAUUGAAGCAAUCAGCCUGUGGCAUUGCCUGGGAGUUAUGGAAGCCCAGAUUUCCUUGAUGCUUGCUGUCAGCUCUUCUUUGUUGUUGGGCCUGGUGCCCCUCAUUUUCCUCUUGAGAAUACCCCAUAGAUUCUCAAUGGGGUUUAGGUCCGGUGAGUUGGCUGGCCAGUCAAGCACUGUGAUGGCAUGGGCAUCAAACCAGGUUUUGGUGCUUCUGGCGGUAUGGGCAGGGGCCAGGUCCUGCUGGAAGAUGAAAUCUGCAUCUCCAUACAGAUCCUCAGCAGAAGGAAUCAUGAAGUCCUCUAAAACAUUCUGGUAGACUGUUGCGGUGACCUUGGAUUUAAGAAAGCAGAGUUUACCAACACCUGCACCGGACAUUGCACCCCAAAUCAUGACGGACUGUGGAUAUUUCACACUGGACCUCAGGCAGCUUGGGUUCUGUUCCUCACCCGUCUUCCUCCAAACCCUUGGACCUUGAUUCCCAAAUGAAAGGCACACUUUACUUUCAUGGGAAAAGAGGACCUUGGACCACUGGCCAACAGUCCAGUCCUUCUUCUCCUUGGUCCAGUGGAGACGCUUCCUACGUUGGCUCAGGUUCAGAAGUGGCUUGACCCGAGGAACCCGACGGUUGUAGCCCAUCUCCCGGAUGCGUCUGAAUGUGGUGGUUUUUAAAGCUGUGACUCCCGCCUCAUUCCACUCUUUCUGGAUCUCUGCCAGAUUCUUGAAUCUUCCCUGUUUGAUAAUCCGCUGAAGCCCACGGUCAUCUCUUUUGCUGGUACAUCUUCUCCUGCCACAUUUUGCCCUUCCUCUAGACUUUCCAUUGAUAUGCUUGGACACAGCACUCUGUGAACAACCAGCCUCCUUAGCUAUGAACCUUUGUGGCUUACCCAUCCUAUGGAGGGUAUCAAUGAUGGUCUUCUGGCCAGUUGUCAUGUCUGCAGUCUUCCCCAUAUUGAACCCAACUGAGACAAUUGAACCAAACUGAAGCAAUUUAAUGACACCUGGGGAAGCCUGUGCAGGUGAUUUGAGUUUAGUAGAUGAUUAGUGUGUGACACUCAGUUUAAAACAUUCAUGCCCUGCAAAAUUUGGGCUGAUUUCUUCACAGUAUUCAAAUUUUUUGAAUUCCUGUUUUUGUGGGUUUAAUGAGCUGGAAGCCCAAAUUAUGUAAAAAUAAACAAAUAAAUACUUGAAAUCGUUGAAAUUGUGGGCCCUGAAUCUAUAAUCUAUGAAAGUUUAACUUUUUGAAUGGAAUUAUGGAAAUUAAACAACUUUUCCAUGACAUUCUAAUUUUUUGGAAAGGGUCUGUAUAUAAUAUAAAAGACAGCUCACUAGUGAACGUGAUGGGAUCCACCUAUGCCACAUACAAAGACAAUUAAAACACCCCCAACAAGGUUUUGGGGUUUUAUAUACAUGCUGGGACCAUGUAGUAACAGUUACAAUCAUGAUGACAUGUAAUACUUCCAAUAUUUUGCGUAUUUGAGUCAUUUUAAGCAUUACUGGAACUUCCCUCCUCAGCACAUUGAUUUAACAUGGCAAUAUAGAAGCGAAUGCCUACACCUAGCAUUAACUUUUCCAAACUCAGAAAUAAACACAGCAGCAGUGGUGUCAGCUCAAAUACUGUAUGUAGCCUGACCUUUUUUGGAGUGGUUUGAGGCAUAAGUGCGACGCCAAUGCUCUGUGGGUGAGUCUGUUGUGAAGCUAGUCGCUAGACGGCAAGUAGCUAGCCGGUGUGUUCUGGCCAAGUGUCGGUGUGCCAGUAACAUAGUUCGGUUGGCGUAACAAUGUUAAUAACGAUGUCGCUGUAGCUUGUUUAUAUGCACGUCACAUUAUAUGUAAAUGCAGCAUUAUUGGCGUUUUUUGGAAGUUUUGUGUGUGUGUGUGUUUUUUUUUUAAGAAGGCCCUCUAGGCGGAAUAAGUGUUUCCCAUUACGUACAUUCUUAGCGAAGUCUUUUUAGCUGUUUUUAUGUCUUUAGAACACACAGAAAAGAGAAAGACGUGUUCAUGUAUCACAUAAAGAUUGUAGAUGAUGGGCGAAAUUCCAAAAAAAGUGCAGUUUUCCUUUAAAGGGGCCACACCACUUGCACUAAUGUCGUUCAACCACUGAUGGAGAGAGGAUAUCAAACACAUGCUGUGUGUGUAUGUACAGGUAUAGGUACAAUGGUGUGAAAGUGUUUGCCCCUUUUUUGUACUUGUUUGUCACACUUGCAUGUUUCAGAUAAUCAAAUGGAAAUAUUAUUCAAUGACAACGCAACUGAACACAAAAUGCAGUUUUUAAAUGAAAGUUUUUAUUAAGGGAGGAAAAAAAAACUCCAAACCUACAUGGCCCUGUGUGAAAAAGUGAUUGGCCACUCUUAGCAGCAACGAGGCCUUUGCAAAAUUCUGAAUUUCAGAAGUCAAUACAAUUCAAUGGAUGAAUUUGAAUUGACUCCACCCCACAGGAUGUUGAAUUGUAUUUGAAUUACAGGAAGUGGAAUUGAACUCAAUGCAAUUCAGAGAAAUUCAUUCUCAUCACGUCAGUGAGAAUGAGAUACUUUUAACAUACAUUUUUCUUCCAAAUGACACUAAUAUUAAGAAUACUCCUUAAUGUUGGAAAGUUUAGCAAUUUAUGAGAAGUCAAAGUAUAAACCAGCUUUGGCCUUCAAUUAUUUAUAAUUAAGUUAAUUUGUGAUUAAAAAAACAAUUACUAAAUGAUCUACUAUAAUAAAGUAUUGUGCACAUACAAUACAGUAUACAAUAUUUGAUAAAAUUAAUGUUUUAAAUAUAUACUGUAAAGCUUCAUUGUUACAUACACCUUAAUAAUGCAUCAUGAAUUUAUUUACAUUUUAUGGGUUUUCAAUUCUACUAUUCGAAUUUGAUUUGCAAUUCUGCUUCCUGUUUGCAACCACAAUUCAAAUUCAAGAAUUCAAUUGGAAUUUAGAGGUCAUUCUCAAAUCAAUUCCGAAUUUUGUACAGCCUUAGCAGCAAUAACUGCAAUCAAGCGUUUGCGAUAACUUGCAAUGAGUCUCUUACAGCGCUGUGGAGGAAUUUUGGCCCGCUCAUCUUUGCAGAAUUGUUGUAAUUCAGCCACACUGGAGGAUUUUCCAGCAUGAACCGCCUUUUUAAGGUCAUGCCACAACAUCUCAAUAGGAUUCAGAUCAGGACUGUGACUAGGCCACUCCAAAGGCUAUAUUUUAUUUUUUUUCAGCCAUUCAAAUGUGGACUUGCUGGUGUGUUUUGGAUCAUUGUCCUGCUGCAGGACCGAAAUGCAUUUCAGCUUGAGGUGACGAACAGAUGACAGGACAUUCACCUUCAGGAUUUUUUGGUAGACAACACUUUUUCACACACAGGGCCAUGUAGGGUUUUUUUCUCCCUUACUAAAAUGUUUAAUGUAAAAAUGUAAAUUUGUGUUCAGUUGUGUUGUCAUUGACUAAUACUUAAAUUUGUUUGAUGAUCGGAAAUAUUUCAAUGUAAUAAACAUGCAAAAAAAAAAAAUCAGGAAGGUGACAAAAACAUUUUCCACACCACUGUAUAUACAUAUAUAAAUACACACACACACACACACACACACCUCCUGCGAUCCCUCUUUACUUUGCACAGCCAGAAAAUAUUUUUAUUUUCAGGUUUUAGAUCUUCAUUUUUCCAUGGACAAUCAAUACAUGACAGGUUUUAUGUGCAUAUACAUAUCUUUUAAAGUACAUGUGUCCAAAAAACCUACCUGAAUGUGAGGUGAAUAAAAAGACCUUUUAUC